CUCGGCUUCCCCCCAUGAAGCGACGGAGGAUGAACAAGCUGUACAUCGGGAACCUCAGCCCCGCCGCCACCGCCGAGGACCUCGAGCAGCUUUUCGGGGAGAGGAAGCUGCCCCUGGCCGGCCCGGUCCUGCUCAAGUCGGGGUACGCCUUCGUCGAUUACCCGGACCAGAACUGGGCCAUCCGGGCUAUCGAGACCCUCUCCGGGAAAGUGGAGCUGCACGGCAAAGUGAUGGAGGUGGAUUACUCGGUGCCUAAAAAGCUCAGGAGCAGGAAGAUCCAGAUCCGGAACAUCCCCCCACACCUGCAGUGGGAGGAGCUGGAUGGUCUCUUAGCUCAGUAUGGGACAGUGGAGAAUGUAGAGCAAGUCAACACAGACACUGAAACAGCUGUUGUCAACGUCACCUACGCCACUAGGGAAGAGGCAAAAGUAGCGAUGGAGAGGCUGAGCGGGCAGCAGCUGGAGAGCUGCUCCUUCAGGGUGUCGUACCUGCGGGAGGAGGAGGUGAGCUCAGCCCCGGCACGGCCCCGGCGCGGGGCCCCGUCCUGCCGCCAGCGGGGCCCGUCCCCGGGGGGCUCCUGGCAGCCCAGGCGCCUCGACCUCCCGCUGCGGAUGCUGGUGCCCACCCAGUUUGUUGGUGCCAUCAUAGGAAAGGAGGGCUUGACCAUAAAGAACCUUACUAAGCAAACCCAGGCCAAGGUUGACAUCCAUCGGAAGGAGAACGCGGGCGCGGGCGAGAAGCCCAUCAGCAUCCACGGCACGGCCGAGGGCUGCAGCCAGGCCUGCCGCCAGAUCCUGGCCAUCGUGCACAAGGAGGCUCAGGACACCAAGGCAACAGAAGAGAUCCCCUUGAAGAUCCUGGCACACAACAGCCUGGUGGGGAGGCUCAUCGGCAAGGAGGGCCGUAACCUCAAGAAGAUCGAGCAGGACACGGGCACCAAGAUCACCAUCUCCCCCCUGCAGGAGUUAACCCUUUACAACCCGGAGCGGACGGUCACGGUGCGGGGCAGCGCCGAGGCGUGUGCCAGCGCCCAGGUGGAGAUCACGAGGAAGCUGCGAGAGGCCUAUGAGAGCGACGUGGUGGCUGUGAAUCAACAAGCCAACCUGAUGCCAGGGCUGAACCUCAGCGCCUUGGGCAUCUUCUCCGCCGGGAUGCCCACGCUGCCGCCCACGCCGGGGGCCCGGGGGGCUGCGGCCAGCCCCUACCACCCCUUUGCAGGCUCCUCAGCCUACCUGUCGGGUCUGUACGGGGCCCCCCCGGCCGGCGCCUUCCCCCACCAGCACCCCCAGGUGCCCGAGCAGGAGGUGGUGAAGCUGCUGAUCCCCACGCAGGCCGUGGGAGCCAUCAUCGGCAGGAAGGGGCAGCACAUCAGGCAGCUGGCGCGCUUCGCCGGCGCCUCCAUCAAGAUCGCCCCAGCUGAAGGGCCCGAGGCCAGCGAGAGGAUGGUCAUCAUCACAGGGCCACCUGAGGCACAGUUCAAGGCCCAGGGGCGGAUAUUUGGGAAGCUGAAGGAGGAAAACUUCUUCAGCCCGAAGGAAGAGGUGAAGCUGGAAGCCCACAUCAAGGUGCCUUCGUCCGCUGCCGGCCGCGUCAUCGGCAAAGGCGGCAAAACGGUGAAUGAACUGCAGAACUUGACGAGCGCAGAGGUCGUCGUGCCCCGGGAGCAGACCCCGGAUGAGAACGAGGAGGUCGUGGUCAGGAUCAUCGGCCAUUUCUUUGCCAGCCAGACGGCGCAGCGCAAGAUCAGGGAGAUCGUGCAGCAGGUGAAGCAGCAGGAGCACAGACACACAGCCCAGGAGCACAAACACACGGCCCAGGAGCACAGACACACAGCCCAGGAGCACAGACACACGGCCCAGCAGCUCAGCAAGUGAAGUCCCAGCCCUGCAGAGCCUGAAUGUAACCCCCCCUCCCCCUGGCAGACCCCAGCAGGGUGGGAGCAAACCAAAGACCCCCCCCCUUAACCCCUGAGCCCCCUGGGGUGCUGCAGGGAGGGCUCUCAGCCCCCUUCCUCAGCCUAAGGUAGGGCAGAGACAGACAGACCCAGACUGUUUGAGCUCUCUGGAGGCCCCUGUUUGCCCCCAGCCCCGGGGAUGGGGGGUUGGGGAGGGGGAGCUGCAGUGCUCAGCCAGUUUAGAACGAAUACAUCUACGUCCCUAACACAACUAACUCUCACUUGUAAGGUUUGUAAGGAGUUCUUUUGGGUUUCUGGGGUUGUUUUUUGGGUUCAUUUUUAAUUGCAGAGGGGUUGGGGGGGAGGGGCUGUUUGUUUGGUUCUAGCAAAAGCAGCUUUUCUAGUGGUUUUAAGGAGAGGAGCUAGUCCCUGGGUUCUGUAAUGCACAGUAGAGCAGAGAUGGAGGAUUGCUGGGGGAGGGGAGAGAGAAUUAAAGUGUUAAACGAGGGUUAAAGAGCCAUUUCCUAAGGGCUUGGAGAAGAGCAGUGAGCCAACAGAAGGGGUCCUGGCUCCCAAACGAGGAAGCUGUCUGUCCCAUGCCCUUUCCUCUUUGCUUCACCGUGUCCUAAAGUGGGCUUUGCACCCAUGGUGUGCCCCCUGGCCCAGCCCUGCUUGGCCCUGGCAGCCCCACAGAAGGACUUUGGGACAGAGAGGGGAGAGAGAGACUCUGGGGCAGGGAGAGGAGCUGGGGGGUGGGGGUAAAAGAGCAAUUUAAUAAGGGGGUGUCAGGCCCAGGCUGGAAAAAAACCCAAUGUUUUUAAAUGAGAAAAGAGAAUGAAAUGCCCCAAGUGCCCCCCCAAAAACAGCCACACAGAAACUACCUCAGGUUUUGGUACCUCAGCACCUUGCGCUUGCGUCCCCCUCCUGGAGACUUUUGUAUGCCUUGUACAGCUGAGAGCUGGAGCAUCUUCUGGGGGGGGUUAAUCAUUAUUUUUGUAAUAAAAAAA